AGCCAUUUCGGUUCAAGGCCGUGUUUGGGGGUCGCGCGCCUCAGCUCCCCUGUCGGGUUAGGGCCGCGCGCAAGACGGGGCCGCAGCAGUCAUGGUUAUGGUCCCGAGCCUGGAGUUCGAGCCCGAGGGCACCCUGCGCUGGAAGCUCGGGGCGGUGGCCGCUGCGCUCAAACAGAAGGUCCAGACCCGGGCGCGCAGCCCACGCCCUGCCCGCGCCGACGCCUCUGCCGAGUCUACACUUUACACGCCUCUGGCCCGACGGGCGCGCGCAUCUGCGACCGGAGCUUCGAGCUGGCGGACCACCUCGAGAGCGGCACCGGCCCCGGCCUGGCGUCGCGCCACGCGGAGCCGCCGCGUGCGGAGCAGUGCUUCCUCGUGACGGUGUCACAGGGCGCGCGGGAGCACACCCUCGCGACCGAGGCAGGCGAGAGGGUUCUGAUCGCCAGGCUGGACCGCGCCACCAGCGGCGCGGCCCCCGAACCAUCGGCAUCUUCGCCGCGCACGGGGACCAGGGUGCUCUCGGCCCGGCGCCCGACUUCCGGCUCCAGAGCGACGCCUCCAAGAAGACCUGGUCGCUGCUCGUGGCCAGGUGCGAGCGCUGCGAAUCCCGGGGAAGGCGGCAGCAGGGCACCCGCGAGCUCGCGCGCAUACGCCACCACACUGAGCGCAUCGGCGAGAGCGAGGCCUUCUGCAUGGACGUGGAGCUGCCCCGGUACGAGGAGGGCAGCCCCGGGGGCUGCUGCGGGGUGUGCGGGGCGUGCCCGGCAGGGGAGGUCUCCGAGCUCUCCUCCCGCCGGCCGUGGUGGGAUGCGGCGAACGAGACCCGGGGAAGAGAAGGCUGGGCUUCCAGGGGCGCUGCGACGCUUCGUCCGAGAGGAACUUCCAGCUGGAGGUCCCGGGCAGCAGCAGGCGCUCGCCGGCCAAGCUGCUCUUCGGGGAGCGCGAGCACGCGAUGAACAAGGUCGGCAAGAAGAUGUUCGCCCUUUAUCACUCCGAGCCGCUUGGGACUGUCCAGGCGUUUGCAGCUGCCCUAAGCACGCUGCACUGGGCCUGAGGUCCCCCCCCUCCCCCUUGGAUCCUGCCUCUCCCUGGGUUCGGACAUAAGGAGGCGUGCCCAUUUCUUCCCUCCACUGCAGCUGCCUUAUUUCCACCUUCCGCACUGUGGCAGGCGACUGUAAUAAGUCCCCUGUCGUGACCUUGCAGGCACAGCGACGGCUUCGGGCCAUAAAUUUUGGCGAAGCAUCGAUGUCGGGGGGUGCGAUGGUGCUCCCAGCUGCUUACUUUCUAGUUCGCAUUUGCAGAGAAGCAUGCUUUCCAGAUUUGUCGUUGGGUUGGAG